AUGGCUCCGGUAGCUAGCGGUGGAGCCGGAGCUUCCGGAAACAAGAUUGAGAUUAUUUUAUUAUUUCCUAGACGACAUGUCACCAAAAGCCAUCGUCUGGAAGGAAAUGCAGAACAAAUAUAUUCUCUUCAAUGGGCAUUCCACCCUUUAGCGCGGAAAUUCCUCGCAGACCCUCUUCGUUUGGCUGCUAUAUUAGACGGUAGUGGAGCUCAACAACAGACUAAUUUUCCGUUUACUGAUUCAACACAGUCUGGUAGAUUAAAUAUUUUUAUAAACUCAUUUGACCACAAACCCCUUCCAGCCAAACCUCUAGAAGUUUUACGUGACGCAUUCAAAAUUCAUUUACUCGAUGCUUUGUUAAAACAAAUUGACUCAUCUGAGGGUCUACGUGUUCCUGAUUUUGUAGAGCGUUCACAGCUGUUAUUACAAAUUUGUAUAGCUAAUGGAAAUGAUACGAGUGUGAAGUGCAAGGAGAAUGUAGGGGAAUCUAGCAGGACUGAUAGUGAAGCUCUCUCAGAUAUUUUAUUGUCAUCGAAUUCCUCAGCAGGUGAUGAGCUCUGUACCUGGUGGGCUCAUUUAUUAAGCAGUGCCCUUCACUGGCGUCAUGGGGAUAUGGCUAGAGCACGGCAACAUAACGCUAUUGUACGCAAAUGUCCUCAGAACCUAUUGCAGAGCGAUACAGCGUUGGCAGUCGGCUUGGCUUUUUGUUCCAGAAAAAUUUGUCUUGAAGAUAGAAAACAAAAAGCAUGGACAGAAAUAGCUCUGUUACACGUAGAGAAGGCUUUUGCUCAUUUACAGAGGGAAAAUCGGUUCCACAGAUGGCAAGUGCCUUUGGAGUGUCAAGGACAGGGAAUUGAUAAAAUACAAUGCCGAUUUCGACUUCUUUGUUGCCAAUGGAUUCUCUCUACUUUACUCGAUUUGUGCUCCUUUUCAAUAGGACCAGACAAAACGCCUUCACUUCAAAUUAAACAAUUAUACUCGAAUGUUAUGACGUUUAUUGAGAAAAAUGGUAUUGAACAAAUGGAACAAAAGAGGAUGGCAAUGUUUAAAAACUUGGGAGAAACUCUUUGCGGAGUAGAAGCAAAACCAGUUUAA